CUGUUAUUCAGUCGAUUCCACAACUUUGUUCAGGACGGGUUGGCAUCUCCUCUCCUGCUCCCUUAAUAAGUUCUCUGAAACGUUUACUCUACGUUUUUGAAAGUAGAACAUGUCACUAUUACUCGGAGGUCGGGUGGGUUAAAUUGUGGGGACAGAGAUUAAACAUAAUAUAAUAAAUAACUUUCGCUAUAAAAAUGCGGGCAUAACUUGUUUUUUAGGAAAUAAAUUCUUCCAAAAAGUUCCUAAAAUAUAAUUUUACACUAAUUUGUUUACAAAGUGAGAUUUUGUAUACACACGAAAUGGAGUUAUUAAGCCAACACCGCCCGUCCUCCAUCUCUCUGCAAAUGUCCACCCCCACGAAGCUGAUGAGGAAGUUGUCCCACUCGAAAAUAAUUGGGCAUCACCUCCCCCACCUCCUCUCGAAGGGGGACACACCCAUCAUCUCGGCCUCCUGCCUCGAGAAAGGUGGCGGCACGGGAGCCGACGCUUCCGACGCCCAGGACGGACAAGACCCUGCCCCACAGAUGAAACGGAUCGAAAAGGAUCUCAAAUCACGGUUGAGACGCCUCCCAGGAGGGAAAUAUUUGGGGCUCAUAUUUGCCUUGUUGACCUCUUUGACCAUGUCCCUGAUGACGCUGGUGGUCAAGUCGAUGCCGCAGUAUCACGCCUUCAGCCUCGUGUUAUGGAGACUGCAGGGCGUUCUCCUCCCAUCCAUCGUCUUGUUGGGCUACUUUGGGGGAAGGAGUGGAAAGAGUACCGCUUUUGAAGGCGUGUUAUCUGCCAGGUGGAAAAUCUUGGCGUUAUUAGUGGGUCGUGGUGUUUUUGGCUGUUCUGCCGACCUGUUUCAGUACUGCUCCUUGAAGUACCUUUCCCUCUCUGACUCGGCCGUGAUUUCCUUCAGUACACCAAUCUUCGUCACGUUCGUGGCCUAUUUUUUGCUUGGCGAGAAGUUGGGAAUCGUUCCGAUUUUGACGGGGGUUAUAUCCCUCGUUGGAGUGGUCAUCAUCUCGAGACCGCCCAUGCUCACGGGGGAGGAGUCUUUCGACACGGACAUUUUGAUCGGAAAUGCGCUGGCCCUUGGCUGCAUGGCGAUGGGGACCUUGACCUUCGUCGUCCUCAGAAUGUUGGCCUCCGUUCACUUCUCUCUGACCACUUUCUCCUGCGGAUUUAUCGGCUCUUUGGAAGCUCUCCUGCUCUGCAGCGUGGCGAAUACGUUUGAAAUACCGCACGGCCUGCACGACUGGAUCCUCGUCCUGACAAUUGCAUUCAUGUAUUUUGUUGGACAGACAUUUUUAACUCUUGCCUUACAAUUGGAGGAUGCUGGACCAGUGGCUUUGGUGAGAAGUUGCGAUGUGAUCUUUGCAUACGUUUGGCAGUACCUUUUCCUCAACGUGGUACCGGAUUUAUUCAGCAUCACCGGUGGCUUAAUCGUCAUUUCUGGCGUGGUGAUAACCGCAUGCAGGAAAUUUUUGUUAGAACUCCCCCCUCAAGAUUGGAGAAGAACAAAAUUUGGAUUCCUCUUAAGAUAACUUUUUAUCUUGGUUACAUUUUUUUUAAUCGAAACGUUUUUUGUUACAGUUUUAAUUCUUGAUGAAAUAUGAUCUACAAUAUAUCUAUUUGUACACUGUUUUACCUAUUUACUUUUUUAUACUGUUUUGUGACCUGACGAAUUAUUCGGGGUUUUGUUGCCCAUAAAUAAGUUGUUUGAAGCUACGGAUUAGGCAACUUUCUCAUCUUUCUGAAGAAUUGAAAGGGCAAAUAUGUAUGUAUGAUAACGAGACAAUAAAUAAUAAUGUGAUCUCCUUUCAAUUCAAA